CACACACGUUGUGAUAUGAUAUAUAAUAUUGAGUCUUGCUACAAUCUUGAUCCGAUCCUAUGCUAAUUCUCAACUCGACAAUAUUAACCACCGAUGAUACCAGCCUAAGCCACUUUAUAUAUCCGUACAUGAGGUACAUGUGAUGUUUCUAUAAAACACAUCUCUACACGUUCUAUAGCCUACUAAACAAGCGUCCGCGCCUGGUUAGCAGGAUGCAUCGGCCUUCUCUAUUUUUGCAAUGGGGUAUCUUGCUAAUAUGUCUGCUCGUUGCUCACACUAGCCUUGUUCUGCUCCCGUUUUCUCCUACUUCUCCAAGUUUUGAACGUAGGAGAUCUGCCUGCUUCUGUCCAACUGACCGAUCGGUUGGUCGGCUGAUUUCUACCUAUUUAGUAGAUAAAUACGCGGGCCUGGCCCUUUAUCAAGUGCUCCUUGUUACUCCUGCUAAUGCAGUAUUCGGCCUCUUACUUUUUAGGCGACUGGUUCACUUGUCCCACUGGCCCUUCUCGUGCGUGCAGUUUUGCUGUUUAACUGCCGCGUUCGAGCAUGCUAAACCCCACAUAGAUGUAUAAGUUGCGCCAUAUUUCCUAUGCUUCUAUUCUGUUAA